AGUCACGCGACAUUACCUUCAGAUCGGCGUAGUUUCACUUAGUGGUGUAUCUAAAAGGGACGACUUAAAAGAUGUGGACUGUAUUACUGUGUCUGUCUGUGUUUGCGAUUUCCGGAAUGGAAUCUCAGUCGUUCACAAAGCGACACCUGCCGCCGGACAGUGCCAAAUUCUUACGGUACUUCCUGAAGUAUCUGGAGGGUAUGGACGGGAAGAGACGAGAUGAAUUCAUGAAGAAAAUAACAGCUCCCAUUGUGUAUGAUUGCAAUUUUGAACAAGGCUUGUGUAAGUGGUCUCAGAUUGUUAAGGGGGACCAGUUUAAUUGGAUUCGGGCCCAGGGUUCCACUGCAUCUUUUAAAACAGGGCCCACCAAUGACCACACUACAGGAAAUCGUACUGGCUGGUAUCUGUAUAUUGAGACUUCAUAUCCGCGUAGACCAGGGGACAAGGCUCAGCUGACCAGUCCAUUAAUUUCAGACAAACAGACUCGUUGUCUGAGUUUCUGGUAUCACAUGUACGGCACUCAUGUCAAUACAUUGAACGUUUAUGUCAUGAGUGGGUCUUCCGCAUUGGGAACACCAGUGUUGACAAAGAAAGGCACACAAGGAAACCAAUGGAUCAAGGCCACGGUCAAUAUAAAACCCACCAGGGCCUACCAGGUUGUCUUUGAAGGAGUCAGGGGCGCUAGUUACCGCGGAGAUAUUGCCAUUGAUGACAUCAGAUUGUCCAUGGGACCAUGUCAAAAUAUCAGAGGUAGGAAAUAA